AUGAAGCUCAUCGCCUCUAUCUCAGCUGCCCUCGCGGUUUGCGCUCUCACUGUUUCCGCCAAAGCUCCCACAAGUCCCGUUUGGGGAUACCGUGCUCGUGACAAGAGCAUGGUGCAUACCUCCAACUGGAACACCAACUGGGCGGCAUGCGGUGGUGCCCGUCAGUCUCCCAUCAACAUCGUCACGAGCGCUAAGUCAGGAAAGGGCAAGAAGCUUCCGCUUAAAUUUAGUGGACGCUGUGGCCGGUUUAAUCUGACUGAGCCCCACGAACCGCUUGAGGUGGACGUUGCGGGAGGCAACUGUACUGUUUCGUUGAACAACAAGAAUUUCAAGCUGGCGCAGUUUCACCUGCAUGCUCCUGCGGAGCACACCUUGAACAGGAAACAGCUCGAUGACGAAAUCCACUUUGUGCACGUGUCCGGUCGAGGCAAGGCACUUCUGGUGGUGGGCAUCUUCAUUAAGAUUGGCCCGAAAACGGACAGUUGGUUGGGCCAUGUCUUGGACGCUCUGGAGCUGGUUAAUUCCACUGCCCGAUCCGAGGCAAUUGUGGUGAAUCUGAAAUCCUAUUCGACGAUGGUGCGGAAGGCUGCAUCGGUUGGUGGCAUCUACAACUACACAGGCAGUCUUACUACCCCGGGUUGCGAAGAGAAUGCUGACUGGUGGGUGGUGCAAAACCCGAUCAAGAUCUCUUCGAUCGACUUUGGUCGCCUUCACCAGGACUUGGUUGAGUACCACGUCACUGACGACGGUGACAACGCUCGCCCGGUGCAGCCUCUGAAUGGCCGCGUGGUCACUCACUACAACUAA